UUUGGUGGGGUAUUUCUUUAUUUUUUUAUUUUUUUUGGGGGGGAGGGGGGGUCAUUUGAGCAUUAACUUAUUUCUAUUGAUAGACUUGUGGUCUAUGAACUGAAAAUGGGAGAUUUGUUCUGUACGUGUAAAUUGUGUUGAAAAUGGGUAAAAAACCAUCCAUCCUAAAGGCAAAGCCGGUAGAAGUAGAAAAAGAAAAGCCUAGGCAGUUGAAAAUAUCUCAAAAAGAAAUAAAAUUGACGAGGAAGUGUUCGAAUCAGAUUAGAAUUUAAAGGAGAUAAGCAACUACGCCGAGUCUAGUGAAGAUAUCCUCCCCGAGCGCAGUGUUAGUGGUGACAGUGAAGAGAGCGAGAGAAGUGGGAGAAACAGUGAUGAUGGGGAUAAUGAUCUCUUGUCCAUGCCAUGUUUGUCAAGGUUCAUUUUCGUGAAGCAGUAUGACCUUCGAAUGAUAACGGACAAGGUCGGAUCUUACCCGACGAAGAUAUCGGUCAGAUCAAGAAUGACUGCUUAUGAAGAAUUUAAGCAAGUUCUUGUCGACCAGAAGUUGAAAAAAAUAUUCAAGCGGUCCUGUUUCGGACACCUGAGAAACCUGCCAGAACAUCUCAAGUUCAAUGGGCAGUUGGUCCAUUAUUUGUUGUUGUGACGCUUCUAGAGGGACAAGAUGCGUCAUGAGAUGUGGUUUUGCAUUAACAACAAGCCUGUCUAUUUUGGAUUGAAAGAAUUUUAUUUUAUCACGGGGCUGAACUGCUCAUCAUACUCAGUGAAUAAAAAAUGAAUAAGGUGUUAGACAAGAGGGAUCAUUUUUACUUUAAGGUGACGAAAAAUAAAAAUAUUACGGCAGCCAACUUGUUAACUUGAUCAGAGGGAAUAAUUUGAACGAGGACCAGAAGUUUAAGUGUUGUUUACUGUGGUUCUUGCACACCAUGGUUCUUGCAAAAGAUUCGACGAAGGUUGUCGACACAAAACUGAUUCGAAUGGUCGAUUCUUUGAGUUUCUUCGAGAAUUAUCCAUGGGGGAAAGAGACAUUUCAACUGACCCUAGACUAUCUGAAGAAGAAAAGUGAUCUGAAGAAGCAGAGAGAAGUAUUUGAUGAGAAGCAAAAGACAUCCUACGCUCUAUUCGGAUUUCUCUGAGCAUUCAUGGUUUGAAUCUACGAGGCCUUUUCUUAUCAUGGAAAAUUUGCUGAAAAAUCAACGGAUAAGGCCUUUUCCAUUCCCUGCAUCUUCAGAUAGCACACUACAAAAAAAUGAUCAGAUAAUGGAAGGCGAUCCAUUCAAUAAUAAUACUACUGUUGUAUCGAAUGUUAUGUAAUUGUUAAUUGAUAUUUUGUAAAACGUGCACUCGUACAUCAUCCCUAUUCUUCGUAAGACGAAGAUGGAUUACAUGAUUACCUUUGAUCCAUAUAUAGACGAGGUGAAGAAUAACGUCCUCGAUGACUUAAAGAAAGAGUUAGAAGGGGUGACUAUCCUUAUUUCCAAUGAGGACAGUAAUGAUGUCGGGAUUUGGGUGGUAACCCCGUUGAAGUACGCAUUGGUGAUGAUGAUACUCCAAGCACCUCCAAAUAUGCAGUGGGCACAUCAAUCCUCGAGGAUAUUCAUAAGCGUGUUGCUGCACUCGAGGAAGUGGUGUUGGAUAUUGCUGCCUAUAAUAGAGAGAAAAGACUGAAGAAAAAGGAACAGGAUGAGCAAUAACACGAGCGAGUGCAUGUGGACCUUCGUGAAUUGGAGAGGAAUGAAGAAGAAUAAAAAAAGAGCAAAAUGGAUGAGUUGGCCUCUAUCGUGGCAGAAAAGGAAAAAGAAGAAGAAGAAAAGGAUGAAGAAGAAGAAAUGAAAGAAGAUAAGAGCCAAGAAGAAAGUGUAAAAGAAGCAGCUGCAGUAGAAGAAGAAAAAGUUGAAAAAGACGUAACAACAGUUGAAGAAGAAGGCAAGGAAAAAGAAGGAGCUGUAGUUGAAGAAGCCAAGGAAAAAGAAGAAACUGAAAAAAUAGGAGCAGCAGCUGAUGAAGAAGAAGAAGAAGAAGAAGCUGACAAAGACGAAACUGAUAAAGCAGCAACGGAUGAAGAAAAAGAAGAAAAGGAAGGUGAGAAAGAAGCAACUGUUGAAGAUGAAGGGAAAAAAAGGUGCGAAAGAAAAACAAGAUGGGUUCUUGAUAUCGUUAAUGAAAUCAACAACACCUAUGCUGAUGAGGAGGAAAAUUGUGAAAAAGACAUUUGAAUUAUUUUAUUGUUAAUGUGUUGAAUGAUCUGUUUGGUAGGAUAUAUGAGACAUUUUCAUGUUUCAUAGAAUAUUUAUCUAAUCUUUGGUAUACUUCUUUCAUAAUCAAUCAUUACUAUGCUGCUCCA